AGAAAUUGUAAAUCAAUAAAAUUUCACAAUGAAAAAGUUAUCUUUAAAUUUACUACCCUAAUACCGAGUACGAUAAUGUUUUCAUAUAAAUUAGCAUGUAAUUUCGGAAUCAAGCAUAGUUACUAAACUAACAACAAACAGCCAAGAUGAAAUUCCUAGUAUUCGCCGCUGCCCUGGUCGCGCUCUCCGCGGCCGGCCCCACCAGGCCCGCGCUGCCGGCCUUCGAGCCCAUCGCCAUGGGUCCCGCUAUCCUGGACUUCACCCCCGAGGCCGCGCCCGCCACCACCAGCGCCAACAACCCGCUCGUGCAGAUCAUCCUCAACAUCAAGACCUCCGCCGCCGCCGCCGACGUCGUCGACGUGAGCCCCCUGCCCGUCGGAGCCGCCCCCACGCCCGUCGGCCUGCCCGCCCCCACCCCCAUCACUGUUGUGGAAGCCGCCCCUACUCCCAUCACCGUGGUUGAGGCCGCCCCCACCCCCAUCACUGUCGUCGAAGCCGCCCCCACUCCCAUCACUGUUGUAGAGGCCGCCCCCUCUCCCAUCACUGUUGUUGAGGCCGCCCCCUCUCCCAUCACUGUUGUUGAGGCCGCCCCCUCUCCCAUCACUGUUGUUGAGGCCGCCCCCUCUCCCAUCACUGUUGUUGAGGCCGCCCCCUCUCCCAUCACCGUUGUUGAGGCCGCCCCCUCUCCCAUCACUGUUGUUGAGGCCGCCCCCUCUCCCAUCACCGUUGUUGAGGCCGCCCCCUCUCCCAUCACCGUUGUAGAGGCCGCCCCCUCUCCCAUCACCGUUGUUGAGGCCGCCCCCUCUCCCAUCACUGUUGUUGAGGCCGCCCCCUCUCCCAUCACUGUUGUUGAGGCCGCCCCCUCUCCCAUCACCGUUGUUGAGGCCGCCCCCUCUCCCAUCACCGUUGUAGAGGCCGCCCCCUCUCCCAUCACCGUUGUUGAGGCCGCCCCCUCUCCCAUCACUGUUGUUGAGGCCGCCCCCUCUCCCAUCACCGUUGUUGAGGCCGCCCCCUCUCCCAUCACCGUUGUAGAGGCCGCCCCCUCUCCCAUCACCGUGGUUGAGGCCGCCCCCUCUCCCAUCACUGUUGUUGAGGCCGCCCCCUCUCCCAUUUCCGUCGUGGAGGCCGCCCCCGCCCCCGCCCCCGCUAUGACCCUCCCCGAGAUCCUCAACUAAGCGUUGGCAUUUCCGAAUCAAAGGAAUGAAGCAGAGGUAUUUUUGUGCUGAGUAACUAUAGAUUUCUGAUGUAAACUUUAUGAAGUAGAAUGUUACCUCUGUUUAAAUUGAAAGAAUAAACCAUCUUGUUUCAAUUAA